UGUCAAAUCAAAAGUUUUGACAUUUAUCUUUAGAGCUAGGUGGAGUGAAUAAAUAACUUUUUACUAUCUUAUACAACUUAAUAAUAUUGUUCCAAUGGAACCUAAUAUACCUGGAUCAUCAACAUCUUCAAGGGCUACUAGAUUUAUGAUGGAAGGAGUCGGAGCCCGAGUAAUUCGGGGUCCAGAUUGGAAGUGGGGCAAACAGGAUGGUGGUGAGGGUCAUGUUGGUACUGUGAGGAACUUUGAGUCUCCUGAAGAAGUAGUAGUUGUGUGGGACAAUGGAACUGCAGCCAACUAUAGAUGUUCAGGAGCAUACGACUUGCGUAUACUGGACAGUGCUCCGACCGGUGUCAAACAUGAAGGAACUAUGUGUGAUACUUGUAGACAACAACCCAUAUUUGGUAUCCGUUGGAAGUGUGCAGAAUGCAGUAACUAUGAUCUCUGUUCAGUCUGCUAUCAUGGUGACAAACAUAACCUAAGGCAUAGAUUCUAUCGCAUAAGUGCCCCGGGAGCUCAAAGGUGUCUUGUUGAACCUAGGCGUAAAAGUAAAAAGCAAGCAGUCAGAGGCAUAUUCCCUGGAGCUAGAGUAGUAAGAGGGGUUGACUGGCAAUGGGAAGACCAGGAUGGUGGUAAUGGAAGGCGAGGAAAAGUUAAUGAGGUACAGGACUGGUCAGCAGCAAGCCCUCGGUCUGCUGCAUAUGUUGUGUGGGAUAAUGGUGCCAAGAAUCUCUACAGAGUCGGAUUUGAGGGCAUGGCAGAUUUAAAGGUUGUGAAUGAUGUCAAAGGCCAAAAUGUAUAUAAGGAACAUUUACCACUUUUAGGAGAACUGGGUCCAGGUCGUAGUGGGCCUCAUGGUUUACAAGUUGGUGAUCAGGUGAAUGUAGAUCUUGAUCUAGAAAUAGUUCAGUCACUACAACAUGGUCACGGCGGUUGGACGGACGGCAUGUUCGAGUGUCUAGGCACUACGGGCACCGUGGUCGGAAUAGACGAGGACCACGACAUCGUCGUCACAUACCCCAGUGGAAACAGAUGGACAUUCAAUCCUGCUGUACUGACUAAGGUAUGCAGCGGUAACCUGAGUGCCUCUGCGUCGUCGAGCGGUGCGGGUGGGGGCGGGUUCGCAGUGGGCGACCUGGUGCAGGUCUGUGCCGACCAGGAGCGGGUCAAGACGCUGCAACGGGGACAUGGAGAGUGGGCGGAGGCCAUGGCACCUACACUUGGCAAAAUAGGUCGCGUCCAACAAAUAUACCAUGACAACGACCUCAAGGUGGAGGUGUGCAAUACAUCGUGGACGUACAACCCUAACGCCGUCACUAAAGUCGCCUCCUCCGACGGGAGCAUCCCUGGCAACUCAUCAGGGGAACGUCUGUCAGCACUGUUGAAGAAGUUGUUUGAAUCUCACGUGACGGGUGAUGCUAAUGAGGAGCUAGUGAAGGCGGCCGCUAAUGGCGACGCGACGCGCUGCGCUGAGAUACUCGGACGCACUGACGCCGCGCAUGUUGAUGUCAACGGCUUCUAUGGCGGACAUACUGCUUUACAGGCGGCAGCUCAGAAUGGUCACGUAGAAGUGAUCCGGGCGCUGGUAGAAGCUGGGGCAGAUGUAGACGCAGAGGAUCGUGAUGGGGACCGCGCCGCUCACCACGCGGCCUUCGGGGACGAGCCGGCGGCCCUGCGCGCCCUGGCCGUGGCCUCCGCAGACCUUAACGCACGCAACCGUCGCCGCCAGACUCCCCUACAUAUAGCUGUUAACAAAGGCCACCUUGGCGUUGUGCGCACUCUACUGCAACUCGCCGUGCAUCCUUCACUGCAGGAUUCAGAAGGCGACACUCCCUUACACGAUGUCAUUUCGAAGAAACGUGACGACAUGUUGACUUUAUUGUUGGAGCAUGGAGCUGACAUGACUCUUACAAACAACAAUGGUUUCAACGCUCUGCACCAUGCAGCUCUGCGAGGCAAUCCAAGUGCAAUGAAAAUAAUGCUGGGCAAGCUGCCACGGCCAUGGAUCGUCGACGAUGCCAAGGAUGAUGGGUACACAGCACUGCACCUGGCAGCGCUGAACAACCACGCCGAAGUAGCAGAACUGCUGGUGCGAGGAGGCGCGAGACCAGACCUCCAGAAUGCCAACCUGCAAACAGCUCUACACCUCGCCGUCGAACGACAACACACACAAAUCGUCCGCUUACUCGUCGCACAUGGAGCAAAUCUCAAUAUUUGUGACAAGGAUGGCGACACUCCGCUACACGAGGCACUACGCCACCACACGCUGCAACAGCUACGGCGUCUGCAAGAUGCGCGCGAUGCCGCGCUACUCACGGGUCUUGCGCACGCGCACGACAAGAAAUCCUCCGCUUCCAUCGCAUGCUUCCUUGCUGCACAUGGAGCUGAUUUAACUAUCAAAAAUAAGAAAGGUCAGACACCACUAGAUCUAUGCCCUGAUCCGAAUCUUUGCAAAACAUUGACGACAUGUCGCAAAGAAGGAGCCAGUUUGGGUGGCGAGGGCACGCCGGACAGCGAACCGUGCUCAUUGACUGCAGCCACUGCCAGCACGUCGGGCGUGACGGCCGCGUCGCCCGCGCCCGCAGACAGCGCCGCCGCCCUCACCUCGCCCACACAGCCUGCGUCCUCUGACCCCACGGCAGACGAGUGCCUCGUUUGCUCCGACGCUAAACGAGAUACACUGUUCCGUCCGUGUGGACACAUUUGCUGCUGUAGCGUUUGUGCAGCUAGGGUGAAGAAGUGCCUGACGUGCCGCGCAUGCGUGGUGUCCCGGCAGCGCGUGGGUGAGUGCGUGGUGUGCUCGGAGGCGGCGGCGGCCGUGGUGUGCCGGCCGUGCGGGCACGUGUGCGUGUGCAACAACUGCGCGCCCCUCAUGCGCAAGUGUGUGGAGUGUCGCACGCCGCUGCAGCCGCCCCCCGCGCCCCCUGCACCCGCCGCGCCCCCGGCCGUGCCGCCGGCUCCGCUUCAGGGACCAGCGCCGCACAAAAUUGACUUGGAGAAGGAGAGUAGCAGUAACCUGGCGCAGGUGCAGGUGAACAAGGGGCAGCCAGUGCCGGCGCAGUCGGCGCCGCACUACAUGAACAACGGCUCUCGGUUCGCGGCGGCGCCGGCGCUGGGCGCCAGCAGCGCGCACCCGUCGCUGGCGCCCGCCGCCGCGCCCGCAGCGCCCGCAGCGCCCGCGCCCGCCGCCGCUGAUGUACAGAAACUGCAGCAACAGCUCCAGGACAUCAAAGAACAGACGAUGUGCCCGAUCUGCCUGGACCGGCUGAAGAACAUGAUCUUCCUGUGCGGGCACGGCAUGUGCCAGAUGUGUGGCGACCGGAUCACAGUCUGUCCCAUCUGCCGCAAGCAGGUCGAGAAGCGCAUCCUGCUCUACUGAGCCACUGGGACACGCGCCCCUACUGAAGCACAAUGCUGCCUAAGCUGCUACUAUAAGGCUGAUAUUUGUAUAAUGGCUUACUUAAGCAACUUAUAUUUAUUAGAAUCUUAUAAAGUUAAAAGAAUAUGUAUAUUAUUUUAUUAUUAAAAAGUUACGGAUCGCAAAUGACGCAAAUGCAGCUUCUCAUUAUCUCGAAAUUCAUAUACAAGUUCAAAUGACUUAUAAUAAUGAUUUUAGUAAAUUCAACAACUAUACUCGAAGAUACGAUCCUCAACUAGUGUUGUAUACAAGUUUGCUAGCGUGUCAUACGUCAUUAUGUUAUUCAAGCAGGAUAUUGUUACGUUAUGUUAAGCCAUAUCUCUGUUAUUUUGUAUAGUUAAUUGAAUCGGUUUAAUGUUUAGUACUUAAUAAUCAUUUUUAAUACAAAAUAUGAAUUUUCCAUUCUCAUGCAUUUAUGUCUCCUUUGGAAAUAAGUUACAAUAAUUUGUAAUUAUGCAAUUAUUCAAUGCAUUUUAUGUUUGUGAUAAGGGUCUUGGUGCAAUGUAAAACACAUUGCCAGUAAAAUAACUCAUGUGAUCAAAUUAAGGAAAUAAUUUGAUGUUAAAAUACCUAGAACAUGUUACUCGACGAAGCCUGUUCUUUAUGAACGCGAGCUGUUUACUAAUGUAUUGUAUUGUUAUUGCUAGUGCCUAUAGCUACUAUUUAAUGUUACAAAGGGCUUUUUGUAAUCCCGCACGUUAUUCAAUGAUAGAAUACUUGCAUAACCAAUAUUAAAUACUUUAUACCUAUGUAAUUAUUCUUAUUAAAAUAAAUAUUACUGUUCGAAA